GCGGGCACAGACGGCACAGCACGGUGAAAGGUAGCCCGCAGCCCCACCAGCAUGGCCCCCAGCCCCAUGGAGGACAGGGGCUCCCCAGGGGUGCCCCGUUCCUGAGAGCCACCCCAGCCCAGGACCACAGAUCUGGCUUGGAAAACAUGGCCACUUCAGUGAGGACGUUCCCAGUUGCCCUGUGGACACCGACGCUGGCUCCCUGGCCGAGAGAAAACACCACCGCGGUGUCGGAGGCCACGUGCGUCUUCAACGAGGAGUUCAAGUUCAUCCUACUGCCCGUAUCCUACAGCAUCGUCUUCGUGGUGGGGCUGCCCCUCAACUCCUGGGCCCUGUGGAUGUUCAUCUCCAGGAUGAGGCCGUGGAAUGCCACCACCACCUACAUGUUCAACCUGGCCGUCUCUGACACGCUCUAUGUCCUCUCCCUCCCCACCCUGGUCUACUAUUACGCCGACCGCAACAACUGGCCCUUCGGGAAAUGGCUCUGCAAGAUCGUUCGCUUCCUCUUCUACGCUAAUCUCUACAGCAGCAUCCUCUUCCUGACGUGCAUCAGCGUCCACCGCUACAUGGGCAUCUGCCACCCCAUCCGCUCCCUGAAGUGGGUGAAGACCAAGCACGCCCGCAUCAUUUGUGUGGGCGCCUGGCUUGUCGUCACCAUCUGCCUCAUCCCCAACCUCAUCUUUGUCACCACCAGCUCCAAGGGCAACAGCACCCUGUGCCAUGACACCACCAGGCCUGAAGAGUUUGACCAUUACGUGCACUACAGCUCCUCCGUCAUGGCCCUCCUCUUUGGGGUCCCUUUCCUGGUGAUUGUCCUGUGCUACUGCCUGAUGGCCAAGAGUCUCGGCAAGUCCAGAUUCUCCAGCUCCAGCCUCCGAAUGCCCUCCUACAAGAAGCGCUCCAUCAGGAUGAUCGUCAUUGUCCUCACCGUCUUUGCCAUCUGCUUUGUGCCCUUCCACAUCACCCGGACCCUCUAUUACACCUCCCGCUACUUCCAAGCCGACUGCCGGACCCUCAACAUCAUCAACUUCACCUACAAGAUCACACGGCCCCUGGCCAGCAUCAAUAGUUGCCUCGACCCCAUCUUGUACUUCAUGGCUGGGGACAAGUACCGGGGGCAGCUGCGUCGGGGUCCAGGCCAGCGGCUCCGGCCCGUGCCCACAUGCAACCUGGCCCUGGUGUCCCCCACCACGGACAACCUCAUGGGUGGCAGUCACAAUGGCAAUGACACCCGAGGGACAGGGACAGCACGGAGCAGAGGCGGGUGCCAAGGAGACAAUGAGGGGUUACAGUAGCCUCAUCCCUGGUCUCCACAAGUCACAGCCCCUCGGGGGGCUCUGUGGGGGCACCCCAGCACCCCAAGGUCUCCAAACCUGCCCCUGCUGAAGGCUGAGGAUGGGUGGCCAUGGGGUUUGUCCCAGCCCUGCCCCGGGAUGCGGUAGGAGGAGGGUCACAGUACUGCUCGGGGCAGGAGAGCCACUUUGGUGAGGGAAUGGGAAGGAUGCUGAGAAAGCCACUUUGGGAUAGGGCAUGUCCCAUCCCAGGAUGCUCCUGAGGACAGGCGGGGGCUGACAGGUCAUUAAAGAGAAAGGACACUGGUCCCUCCCUGGGGAUGUGCAGCCCUUCCAGUCUGCUUGGCAGCAACAUGCGUGGACCGGACUGAACCUGGGGACGGUGCCGAUGCGGGGUCCCCUGUGUGCCUGGCAGAGGCUCCCCGAGAUGUCCCUGUCACACCAUCGGCCUUGGGAGAGGCAGGGAGGGACACAGCACAGGGCACUUACUGCCCGUCAUCCCCCA